AGUACUCUCUCUCCCUCUCUGGUUUUCUAAUCCAAUUAUCUUUCCCCUAAACAAUCGUUAAUAAAAAUAAUUGACUAGGGAACAAAGCCCGCCCCAUUCACCUCGAUCGAAAGCGAUCCGCACUCUUCGUUCACUCUUAUAAACCCCCAUUACGUACUCACAACUUACACCACCACCAGGCAUGGCCGCAGACGCCUCCCCAAAAUAUCGUGCUUCCGACUUACACUCUGAAAUUUCGGUCUCCCAACUAACAACAACCAACACCCACGAUGGCCUCCGGUUCUGGCAGUUCAUGGUUGCUGGUUCCAUCGCUGGCUCAGUCGAACACAUGGCUAUGUUCCCCGUUGACACUCUCAAGACUCGAAUGCAGGCUCUCGGUGGGUCCCACUCGCUCCGUCAAGCUUUCUCCUCCAUUUUGAAACUGGAAGGCGCUUCCGGACUUUACGGCGGCAUCGGCGCCAUGUUUCUCGGCGCCGGACCCGCUCAUGCUGUUUACUUCUCUACUUAUGAAAUCUGCAAACAGUUGUUUUCACGUGGGGAUCCCAACAAUUCCGUAGCGCACGCGACGGCUGGGGUUUUCGCGAUGGUCGCGAGCGACGCGGUGCUUACGCCGAUGGAUAUGGUGAAGCAGAGGCUCCAACUGAAGAGCAGUCCGUACAAGGGAGUUGGGGAUUGUGUGAAAAGGGUUUUAAUGGAGGAAGGGAUUUGGGCUUUUUACGCGUCAUAUCGGACUACAGUUCUGAUGAACGCGCCGUUUACGGCAGUUCAUUUCGCGACUUAUGAAGCAGCAAAGAAGGCGUUGAUGGAGGUAUCCACGGAUUGGGCGAGCGAUGAGACUUUAGUGGUUCAUGCCACCGCUGGUGCUGCUGCUGGCGCUUUGGCUGCUGCCAUGACAACUCCUCUCGAUGUUGUGAAAACUCAGUUGCAGUGUCAGGGUGUGUGUGGUUGUGAUAGAUUUUCCAGUGGAUCGAUCGGGAAUGUCAUUGAAGCGAUAGUGAAGAAGGAUGGUUAUCGUGGGCUUAUGAGGGGAUGGAUGCCUCGGAUGCUAUUUCAUGCUCCUGCUGCAGCAAUCUGUUGGUCUACUUAUGAAGCAUCAAAAGACUUCUUUCAGCAACUCAAUGACAACAACAGAGCAGAUAUUUGAGUAAUUUCGUAUUUGUUACAUCUGCAGACAACUUGGUUUAGUUUAGUUACUUGGAGGAAUCGAUUCAACAUAUGGGGAAUUGAUGAAUUACAUGUAAAAAAGAUAAGUGAUUCAACAUAUAGCUCCAGAAAAUAAAAAAGAACACAUAAUGCAUGCACCACAUCCUGAUCAUCUUAGGCUGGUAUUGUUUGCCAUAUAUCCUAUUAAUCAGAUUUAACAUAUAAAACGUAAACUAGUGGAUCAAUAUUUAUUAGAGGUCGAGAAUUACGCUCUUGAUUUGUUUGAA